UCUACAUCUUUCUUUCUUUCUCCUCCUCGUCAAACCCUCUGUGCCCUCCGUAGUGUUCGUAUCAAUCUCCAGCUCCGGCUCCGAUGAAGGUCCGACGCGGCGGCGCCGGCUUCCCCUUCUCCAUCGGCUGCAUGUCGCAGUCCGCCGUAGCCGUCGCUGACCCGCUCCACAAGAAGUCGCAGCCGCCACAGCCAGGAAAGCAGGCCGACAACCCCUCCUCCACCACCACAACCAUGGCGGCCACCACACAGGACAGAGGCGCCGGAGAAGAAAGCGGCGAGGACAAGGCCAAGGCCGCGGCGGCGUCCGGGAUCGUCACGGCGGGGGUGCAGCGGCUGCUCAAGGGAAUCAAGACCUUCUUCGCGGCGUACGACAGUGAGGAAGAAGAUGAAGAGGAGAGGGAGAUCGUGAUCGGGUACCCCACGGACGUGCAGCACGUCGGGCACAUCGGCUGGGACGGGAUCAACAAGGUGGGCGGCAUGGGCGUGGGCAUGGUCGGCGCCUUCUCCCUGCCAUCCUCCCUCUCCCUCCGCCAGCUCGACAUCGCCAUGGACCCCGGCGCCGCCACCACCACCUGCAUCAACUGAUCCAUAAUUCUCCAUUGCCAUGCAUCGUAAUCUACCUCACUCAGCUCGAGCGACCAACCGCUCUGCCCAAGACUGACUGAGGCCCAAGACUGUGUAGCACCCAGCCAGCCAGAGAAGCCCAAGAUGGAGACGGAGGCCGACGGAGUGAGCUUUGCUGUAGACCGGUGUGUGACAAGGCGACACUUGUGUUGUGAGAGCAGGCAUGGGCAUGGCUGGCAGCUGUAGAUAGUGUCGAUCCGGACGAGUGCCGUCGUCGCCGGAGAAGAAGAGAAUAUAUUCGUGGCUGUACGUACUCGCCGUGACACCCUCGAUCCUGCAACAGUGGGGUCACCAGCUAUCCUUGCUGAUGCUGCACAAUUAUGAUCUGGUUGGUGAGACGCACACAAAAUCUGCUGCUGCUUCUUGUUCCCAGAGUUGGCACGUUACCUUUGACCUGUGCUUGUGUAUAUAACUCUCCUUUUAGUCUUAGAUAGAUGAUGAAUUGAUGAUGGUGUUUUGGUGAGGUUUGUAACAAAUUGGUGUUCGCGUCGC